UCCCCGCGAUGCUGGCCAUUUUAACGGCAAUGGCGUCCGCCAGAGGCACAAAAUUCCUCGUCAUGUCUCCUGCAUUCCUAGCGCCGUCAUCGCAUGCAGUUUAUGUGUAUUUUUAUGAUUUUUCACGACCGUCAUGAUCCCCGAGCUGUCUCAUCUGAAGGCCGUCAACUCAAGCAAGCCUCAGCUGUCUCAUCAAGAGUCCAAGCUGUCUGUUGCCGCCUCUGACGAUUACUUUUCUGUUUCCUCCGGCCAAUCCUCGACCAAAAGCUCCAAUAGCAAAGUGACCGUUAUCCAUUAUGCAACCCCGCAGUCGCAUCUGCCUUCACAUUCCUCGUCAGCACAGCAUUCUCAGGCAGAUUUAACUCAAUCAAAAUCUGCCGAAAAGAUGAAAGAUCACUCUGCAGCUGCGGCUGCACCAUCUCCCGCACAGUCCACCCGGCCAACCAGCCGUCCUGUAACUUCGAAUACUGUUCGUUUUGGCGAGACCCGCGUCAACGAAAUAAGCCCCCGUCGCCAACAAAUCCAAGACCCCCGGCAACACAUCAGUGGAACAACCCCUGGUGUCGAUGAUACCCCAUAUCUUAGAUUUGCUAUAGACCAAUUGACUCGCGAUGAAGAAGUCAAGGGUGUAGCAAGACAAGCAUCUGUCACAAGCACCGAGUACCCAGUUGAGCGUGUGAUUGGAGACGAGAAUCUAGGAUACUAUCACCGCACAGGCCCAACUACAGUCGAGAUCCGCAAAACAACAAGCCGCCAAAGUGAGACACUUAAAAAACAGCAGCAAUCGAAAGCUGUAUUUGUGGCAGUCGACCCUGAAACCAAUGAUAUUUUAAAUCCACCGCUAGACUUUGUGCCUCUAGUCAUCAGAACAUGGGCUCUUGCCAUCUUCAUUUUUCUGGUUUUGUGGCUGAUUGCGGGUUUGAUUUUCUGUAACAUUUGGUCACAACGGCAUGACGGCAUCUGGAAUUGGGAAGGAGUAGGUGGUUCGCGUUAUUUUGUGGUCCAAUAUCUCCCCCAGCUGCUAGCUGGUCUUAUCGUGCUCUGGAAUUUGGUAAUUCAAGCCGCCAUAUACCGAAUUAUGCCAUUUUCCAUUAUGGCGUCAGAACGACAAAAGACGGGGGCGUUACAGAAUCUGUCGAUCCUGUCGCAGAAUCACCUCGUCCCCGACUUUACUUAUUUCCGAUAUGGCGAGCCCCUGGUCGCUGUAGGAUUGCUGACAAUCUGGUUGUCGAAUUUCUUCUGCAUGCCGCUCAUCAGCUGCCUAUUCCAAGCCAAGUACUACGUUGACGAUGGCCAAGGCGUCUGGCGAUGGACAACAACACAGUCGGUCGGUUGGGUUCUGGUCGCUGUAUAUGGUUUGUUGGUAUUGGGUCUUGUCUUGGUCAUGUCACGAUUCGUUAGAAGCUGGACCGGCCUUCUUUGGGAUCCAGUCAGCCUGGCAGAUCUCAUUCCGUCAAUCCAGCGAUCCAACAUCUUACGAGAUUUCGAAGGCUCCGAGACUGCGCCAUCGGUACGGGACAUGCUCACUCCGCGAGUAUUACGCCUCGGCUACUGGCGUCUCAUGGACAAGGAGAACGUUUUCUACGGCAUCGGCGAAGAGUACGCUGCUGGGGAAAGGCCAGCACCUGUAUCACCUAAAAGAGGUGAGAAGCGGGCAAUUGAUACAUACACAGUCUUGGAAGAUCUCGAACAACAAAGCAUACUGCGGAACGAGUCAUUCGAGCGAACUCUCCAUUCGCCAUUUGCUCGCUUCCGUUGGACUGUCUGGUUUCUGCGAGACAUUUCCAUCCUUAUCUGGAUCGCCAUUGUCUUUGCCCUGUUUAUCGCUUUCGUCGUUGUGAGCUUCGUCAAGGAAGCUAUUCCCCGUGGAUUUCUGCCUUUAGUUCCAACCCUGGCAUCAGUAAAUGGAUUUUCCGCAUCCAACUUCUUGUUCAGUUUUAUUCCCGGUCUCAUUGGAAAUAUCCUCUUUCUUGCUUGGCAACCAAUCGACGUGUACAUGCGAGCUCUGCAGCCUUUUGCCUCUUUGUCAACGCCCGAAGGUGCCUGGGCCGAAAGGAGUCUUCUUCUAGCGUACCCUGCUUGCCUCCCCUUCCAAGUGACUUUCCUAGCUUUGGUGUCCAAACACUACAAAGUAGCCUUUAUCUCUCUGAUAAGUCUACUCUCUCUCGCCCUCCCAAUCCUUGGCGGCGGCGUCUUCAUUGCGCUAUGGUAUCCUUCCCAAAACCAGGUCCGCAUCGCCUCCGAUCUCCCAGCAUUCUAUACACUAGUGGCUUUCUGCGCUCUCUAUGCGCUGUCAUACCUCGCCAUCUGGCCCCGUCGUCAUCGUUACCUACCACACAAUAUCAACACGUUGGCAGAUCUGAUUAGCUUCUUCCACCAAAGCCCACUUCUAUCAGACCCUGUACUACGCGAACCCCGGACAAAGGCGGAUCUUGUUACGCGACUAGUUGUCACUCCACCAAAAGAGCGCGCCACACCGCAUUACGGCUUUGGUGUUUACCGGGGACUUGACCAAAAGGAUCACCUAGGCAUUGAUCGUAUGACUAGGCCUGGCAGGGCAGACAUGCUCAUCGCGACUGGGGGUCUGAAAGGCUGACCAUGAAGCGAUAUUCUCGACCUUUACGAAGACCAGGUCAAGUGUAUUCUAUGAAAAUUGCAUUUAAUGAGCGGGUUGAUUUUGGCAUUUUGGAGUUGAGAGCAGCAAUAUAGAGAGGGUUUUCAUUUUGGUUUUAUGUCUCUUUUAUGAUUUUAUGGGACUCAUGAGAAUAUGAGCUUAGUGAUGAUUUGUCUAUAGUUUACCUUCCAAGGGGGCUAGUUCGACGAAAGACUUAAUGAAAAUAAUUCCUGCAUAUACUGAAGCAU